CUUUCAGCCCAUACCCAUUUGUGGCUCCAUCGUAGGACGUGACGUAUGUAGUGCUGGUUACCCAUCUCAUGGAGGUGAAUAGCAGGUUUUCCGUACAGCGCUUCCUCAUGGAUUCAAGAGAUCAGUCUAGACAAUUCUUCCUAUCCAUGCCGGUCACCAAUCAAGGCUGGCCAGAAGCAUUUGGCUUUGGAUUAGUAGGCGCAGGACCCUGUUACAUACUGUGGGUGGAACCUGGUAGCUGUGCCCAUUUGGCUGGUCUACAGCCUGGUGACCAGAUUUUGGAGGUGGAAGGAAGGCCUGUGUCCUCACUGAACUGUGAGUCUUUGAUACAACUAGGUCGAGAAUGCCUUAGUGUUCCGCCCAGCAUCGGGGUAAUUUCCAGAAUCCAGCAUUUGGUGCUAAGACGCAAAUCUCAGGAGGAGUUUGGUCUCAGAUUGACCGGUGGGAGGACUCUGCAAGUAUCCAGUGUUAAUCUUGGUUCCCCUGCAUCUCACGCAGGGGUUCGUAUGGGAGAUUAUGUUCUAGAGGUCAAUGGGAUUCCGAUAACUGAUAUUUCUGACGCUACCCAGCUCAUUUCGUCUUCGUCAGAGGAUACACUACAACUGGGACUCCUGUGUGUCAGUCGGAGGCAGCGACACAGCAGGGCAUAUAGUGCUAGCGGUAAAGGAUCAGAAAAUGCAUGCCAAACGCAGAGGCUUAAAGCUCAGGAGUUCAAGCGAAAACUUGAUGAGGUCCUUGGAGAUCAGCCGGCCUUGAAGGAGAAGGUGUUUUCUCUGCUGAAGCAGUACGCACAGGAAAAGAAAGUUGACCAUUUGGCAUAUACACUUCCCUUGAUCCUUACUGAAGAAUCCCAGCGCCGUCUGAUCGACAGCAUCAGGAUCUUUAUUCCAAAGAAGCACAGGCAGCGAUUUGAUCAUGUGGUGUCUCAAAGCCUCAUCAGUAAGAUCUGCCGUUCAAGGAGCGAACGCAGCAAUCGCUUGCGGAGAAGCCGUAGCGAGGAUCACCAUGAGAGAUUGCUGGUGUCUACACGAGCUGCUCCCUUACCACACAGUCAGGACGAAGUGGGCAGGGGACUGAAGAAGAGCCCCUCUCUGGUCGCUGGCAGCGUUGGCACAGGGAAACCCCACAGGACGGUGCGGGUCUGUAAGGGCAGCAGCAGUUUUGGCUUCACUCUUCGAGGAAAUGCUCCCGUGUGGAUUGAAUCUGUCGUUCCAGGAAGUCCUGCUGAGGUGUCUGGACUCAGAGCUGGAGACAGAAUUCUGUUUCUCAAUGGCCUGGACAUGAGAAAUUGCUGCCAUGAGAAGGUGGUCUGUAUGCUGCAGGGCAGUGGUGCCAUGCCCACUCUGGUCGUAGAGGAGGGCAGCGUAAUGUACUGCACAGACACAGAUUCAGACACUCCUGCUCCCCCCUCCGCCCUAACGUCCCUGCAGUGGGUGGCAGAAAUACUGCCGUCCAACAUCCGAAUACAAGGUCGGAGCUUCAGCCAACAGCUGGACCAUCUGCUGACUCCCACUGAGAGAUACACAGUUUGCAAAGGACUGGAGAGCUUCUUCCAGCACAGGAACAUUGACACUCUGAUAGUGGACGUUUACCCGGUGUUGGAUACUCCAGCCAAACAGAUCAUCUGGCAGUUCAUCUUCCAGCUGCUGACGUACGAAGAGCAGGAGCAGUGCCAGCACAAGAUCGCCCGCUUCCUGGGGUACAAGGCAGCUGCCAUGGAUGCUGAGACCGGGCCCCCUCAUCGAGGGUCUGUACAUGUUCAAGCAGGGUGUCAGGGCAAUAUACGUGCUGCCGCCCUGGAAGAAGGGAAAACAGGAAUUCCGUGUGAGUUUGUGGAAGUUGUACCUCGCCUGACCUCCGGAGAAAGACAAGCCGGAGAUGGAACCUCUCUUCCAGAGACCCCCAACCCUAAAAUGAUGUCUGCUGUUUAUGCCGAGUUAGAAAAUCGGUUCAUCAACAACUUCUCUGGAAAAGUUAGCAGCAUGAAAUCCCGUGGCUCGUGCAACCUCACAUACACGGCAGGAGAACGAAAGUUGGCACAAGUUCCUCUGUCUGACAAGUGCCUGCCACGACCACCUAGUGCCCCAUCUCCCAGCAGUUCAGAGUCCAAUCCAUAUGUGAGCUUGGAUGGUAGCCUACCUCCGUCUCCCACUCACAGGAAGAUUUUCACCUUCUCGAGGCCCAGCCGCUCUAGGGACACAGACCGCUUCCUGGAUGUUCUCAGUCGGCAGCUGGGUCAUAAUCUGACAAUCACUGACCAGUUCCUGACCUCAGAGAAUGACUAUGAGGAGAUGACUUUUCAAGAUGACCAGUUCAGCUGUCCUCGGCGUGAAGUUAGCAGUGCUAGUGAAUCCAUGAGUAGCAGUGAGGAUGGAAGCUCCCUCACCUACUCCUCAGUGUCCGACUUUAUUCCACCUCCACCUCACAGCCCACCCCCUCCACCACCUCCCCAAAAUCUGCAACCCAGGGGAAACCCAACUUCAAAACCAGAUACGCCUAAAGAACCCCUAACAUCUCUGUCUCGGGGAGCAGUAAGCUGCAUGUAUCCAUUACCCCCUGCUCCUCCUCCUCUCCCAAAUGCUCCAGUACCUCCCGCUCCUCCUCUGGCUCCCCUGACUUACCGCGGAAUGCAUCGUCGGAGUGAGUCGAGUCACAUGAGUGUGAAAAGGCUCCGCUGGGAACAGGUGGAAAAUUCAGAAGGAACCAUAUGGGGACAGGCAAGUAUGGCCGAACUGAUACCAUUUACUAUGCCACUGGGUGAGGAUUCAGAUUAUGAAAAAUUGAGUGAUAUGGUUAAAUACCUCGAUUUGGAACUGCACUUUGGCACCCAGAAACCAUCACUCAUCCCAGUUUUACCCGAAUCCUUGAAAAAGAAAGGUGCCGUGGAGAUUCUGUCUCACAAGAAGGCCUACAACACAGCUAUCCUCAUUGCGCACCUGAAGCUUACACACCUGGAACUGCGCCAUAUCCUCACGACCAUGGAGAACGAGCGCUUGGAGCCCCCACAUAUAAAGCAGCUCUUGCUAUAUGCUCCAGAUGAGGAGGAAAGGAAACGUUUCCAAGAAUAUGCAGGAAGUCCCAGCAAGCUGAGCGAACCAGACCAGUUUGCAUUGCAGAUGCUUUCAAUCCCGGAAUAUAGGACGCGCUUGCGAAGUCUGCUUUUUAAGAGCACCCUCCAGGAGAAGACUGACGAGAUCCGAGCCAGCUGUGAUUGUGUUCUCAAAGCUUCUGCUGAGCUCAAGAAUAGCAAGAAACUGGCCAAGAUCCUCGAGUUUGUUCUUGCCAUGGGAAACUAUCUAAAUGACGGACAGCCAAAAACCAACAGGACCACAGGAUUCAAGAUCAACUUUCUGACAGAGCUCAAUACCACAAAGACGGUGGAUGGGAAGUCCACGUUUCUGCACAUUCUCGCCAAAUCACUCAGCCAGCACUUUCCUGAGUUGCUGAGCUUUGCCAAGGAUCUCCAAACUGUGCCUCUCGCUGCCAAAGUGAAUCAGAGGUCGCUGACUGCUGAUUUGAGCGACCUUCACGUGACUAUUCAGGAAAUAAAAAGCGCCUGCGGUCGGAUACCCAGCUCCAUGGAAGACCGAUUCUCUCUCACCAUGAGUACAUUUCUAGAGAACACGUUCCCCUGUAUGCAGAGUCUGGACACACUUCAGCACCGAGCCCUGGAGGAAUUCUUUAAAAUCUGCUCCUUCUUCGGAGAAGAUCCCAAAGGCUCCAGCACAGAGACCUUUUUUGGGAUAUUUGCUGAAUUCAUCAGCAAGUUUGAGAAAGCGUUUAGUGAUCUUCAAGGAGGUGAGACAUUGCCGGCUGGUAAUCCUUCAACACCGGUUUGGUAGCAUUUCUCUUCACUUGCUCAGGGCAGCUAGCUCACCUUGGAACA